CGCCCUUUCGGCAUAUUCUUCCCUGAUAUUUGACACAGAAUAAUAAGAUAAACGUGUCAUAAUUGGUCACAUUGAAGCAUCGGAGCUGCUGUGAGGUUUUGGAUGUUCCACUUAAAUGUUACGCGAGCAAGCGAUGUCUGUGGUGUUUGACGGGAGUCCGCUGAAUGCGAUGCAGAGCUCACACACACACACGCCGCCGACUGUCCUGAGUGGCCAGGAACUGUCUCAGGAGAUCAAGUCAUUCAUCAGUGGCGUUGAUACAGUCCAGGGACGCAAGCUCAGUGUUUGGGAACACGCCCGCUGCGCCGUGCGUCUUUUACGUUCAGUUCCGGCCUGUCGUGGAGCCGUGCUGGAGCAUCUGAGGGGCGUCUAUGAUGAGCAUGUCUCCAUCUUCCUGCACAAUCUGGAGACUGAGGGUGAUGCCAGUUCUGGGAUCAGCUCAAAUCUGGAGGACAUCAUUCAGGAGGUUCAUGGUGUACUCUCGGAGUUCAUUCGCCUCAACCCGCGGGCUUGGGCCCCUCUCGUGUCCAGCUGGGCUGUGGACUUACUGGGUCAGCUAAGCAGCAAACAUGCCGGUCGAAGGGUAGCCCCCCACUCCUCUAGCCUCAAUGAGCUUCUCCAGCUUUGGAUGUCCUGUGCCGCCACUUGUUCCCUGAUGGAAGCCUACUCUCAGUGUUUGGCCGCCAUGCUGGCCUGGUGCCCUGAUGCUUGUGUGGAUGCUCUGUUAGACACCUCAGUCCAGCAUUCCCCGCAUUUUGACUGGGUUGUGGCUCACAUCGGCUCUGCCUUCCCAGGGACGAUCAUCAGCCGAGUCCUGGCCUGUGGACUCAAAGAUUUCUGCUCCCAUGGCGCCAAGGACCAAGGGCUGGUGGUGAACGGGGUGGACAAAGGCAGCCGAGUGCCAAAGAUCGGCUCAGUGGUGGGAAUCCUAGGACAUCUGGCAGCGCACCACUCUGAGAGCAUCCGAAAAGAGUUGCUCAGGAUGUUCCAGGAGAGCCUGAGCUCUUCCGGCCCGCUGUCGCCCACUUUAUCCUCAACCUCCUGGGAGGGUUCCCCUCAGCUUCGUCGAGCUGCGGUACCAUUUCUCCUUCAGCUGGCUGCAAUGUCCCCAAACCUCUUUGGCGCUGUGUCUGCUGAGCUGGUGGAACUGCUGCGCCCGCCUGUCCUGCUGCAGUUGCACAGUUUGUUGCAUGGACUCCCCAGAGAAGAACUGGAUAACAUGCUGGGCCUUGCUGUCCACCUUAUAUGUCAAAGCCCAUCGGGGGGAGCUCGGGUCCUCCGCUUUCUGGCGGACACAGCCACGCCAGCCUCAGUCAUCAUCUCCAGUCCUACGCCAUCCCCUCACGAAGGCGUCAGAGAAGGUUGUGAUAGCCUCCUACAAAUGCUGCUUCUGCACCUCCACAAAUUGGUGUACAACCGCUCUAACGGGGCAGACGGACAUCCCCAUCGCUCGGCUUCCCCUCAGCCACAGAUUGUCAUCCCAUUCUUGGAGGAGCUGCAGACACACGUCGGUGAGCUGUGUGCCGAGACACUGAGACUGGAGAGAAAGCGGCAUCUCUGGCUGCAUCAGUUGCUUUGCUUGCUGUCUGUGUACGGUGGCACUAGCGUGGCCACCGAAGCCCUCUGUCAGCUCCUCACACAGGCCCGCAAUCCAGAGGAGUUGUCUCUGGCCUGGCAGCUCCACAACACCCUCUCGUCCUGCAUGGCAGGCCUUAUUCCUGCGGCUGUGGCCCACUGUGUGGCCCAGAUCCACACACACACUUUGGGACCCCGGCAGCUUCGGCAGCUGCUGCUAAAUCUGGCCACGGUUAUCCAGAGCCAAGAUGAAGACAGAAAAGGAACACCAGAUACUCAGUCCACCAUGGGUGUCCAGGUGGGAUCUGCCGUUUCCGUGCACCUCCACGAUUUCAGCCCGCUCCUCCUCCACGGCGACCCAGCUGUGUCCCAUGCUGCAGUGAGACUCCUCUCUGCCAGUCCGUUCCCUCGCACCGCCUCCCCGGCACACCACCUCCUGCUCUCUCGCGCCGCUGUUGCUCAUUUCUUUCUCGCUCUGCGGAGACGAGGGGAAGUGGGCAAGGCGGGGAGGGACAGGGGGCAGGCAGCUGAGGCCGUGAGCUGUUCUGUUCAGAUGCUGUCCCGUUUUUCUGCAUACUCCCCCCUCACUCUCAAGGCAGUGCUUCAACAGCUGGUGGAGGGAGUGCUGCAUAAAGGCAAUGCUGGCCUCUUUGGAGGGCAGAUUGCAGACAUGUCGGGCACUCCUGUGUCAUCCCAGUCGGGAUCCCCUGAUCUUGGAGCAUCCUUGUUGGACAUCAACUGUCGGUUCGGUACGACUGUCAACUUCUCCGGUAGCGUGUGGUCUGUGUUUCACGCUGGGGUGAUCGGCAAGGGAUUGAAGAUGCGUACCGCUAGCGCUCAGCCUGACCCAUCCGAGGUCACCCUGAACAUCCAGACAUUGCUGACUGUCGUGGUCCAGUGUUGUAGCUCCUCUGGUCUCAACGGCUCACGGCCACCAUCAGACCCUGACGAACCACCGCCCAUCAAUGCCGAGGCAGCCAAGGUUGUUGCUGUCACACUGGUGGAAAAUGUAUGUCCAGAUGUGGCCAACGGGGAGCUGUCGUGGCCUCCAGAGGAGCAUGCCCGCACCACAGUGGAACGAGACAUUCACAUUCGGCGCUGCUUUGAAGCCCACCCUGUGCUCUUCACACUGCUUCAGGUAGUGGCGGCAGGACGCCCGGCUCUUUGUUACUGCUCAGCUGUGCUCAGAGGCCUCCUGGCCACCCUGCUGGCCCACUGGGAGGCAUCUCGCGAGGCCUCGUCCACAGACUCUCCAUGGCACCUCCGGGCCUCCUGCCUCCUGGUGUCCUGCAUGGGUGAGGGUCAGCUGCUUCCUCCUGUGCUAGCUAAUGUCCACGAGGCUUUCUCCCACCUUACACCUUUUGAGGUGAGGCUGCUGCUGUUGGCAGUAUGGGAGUAUGUGAGGGCAAAUGGUCCCAUGCCUCAGAAAUUUUUCUUCAACCCGGAUAAGGGCCUUUUCUGCAGAGAUUUCUCCCGGGACGGUGAUGUGGCACGAUACGUGUCACCGAUUCAUAGUGUCCUGCAUAAGAACAUUGACAGACUGGGACACCUUUGCUGGAGGUUUCAGCUCUGAAAUAAAAUGUCGGGACAUAAGUAGAGAGAGGAAAAUAUACGUUUGUGUUGCAUUGCUCUACGAGUGGACUGCGAUACUAUCACUGGAAUUCACUUUCCUACCUGUUGCGGUGUGCAUGUAUGUAUAUCUUUUGUACUAUAUUUUUAGACUUUAUACUUUACUAAUUAGUUGUUUCUGUGUAAAAGAAGAGUACUGAAUAAUGACUCACAUGCACUUAAUUCAACUAAAUUUAGCAUGUAUAUAUCAUUCUGCUUAAGUAAUUAAAAUCUCUCCCAUUUAUAGAUGGUUAUUGUAGUAUAAAUUUAAAAUUGAUCCUUUCAAACUUGGCCUACGUCUGUAAAAGCUCACAUUGCAAACUGGGGUUUGUACCACUUGGAAAAAAUAAACUGCAUGUUUGUCACAUACAGUAUGUUUUGAAUUGAGAUGUGGGAUACUUCAUUACCACAAGAUUUAAGUUUAGGGCUGUUAAUUGUAACCGAUAAUGAUCUUGGUAUUUUAGAAACAUUAAGAUCGUAAUCAGUUGUUUUUGCUUGAGGACCUGCUUGAGGCCAAAAGAGCCUUCUAGAAAGAC